AUGGUCUCCCGUAGCGCGGGCACCCUACUGACCGAGUUCAAUGCCACCUUCGUGCCCCCCGCCCUCAUGCCCGGGUAUCAAGGUCACGUCCCGGGUGUAGCUUCCUCCUUUGGCUCCUCCUAUGGCAAUACCGCCAUCAAGUACUUCCAGGACUACCGCAAUGCAGCUGUGGAGAAGAGCUAUGCAGUCCUCAGUGGAGGCCGAUUCCCCACCAUCUUCUCCCCUAAUCCCUCCCUGGUGCUGACUGAGUGCUCACAGAACUGGGACCGCUGGCUGCACCUGCCCACCUACACCUGCUUCAAUCCGGAUAGCAGUCGCUCCACUAAGCUUAAUGACUUCUACAAGACAGUACAGCAGCAGCGGAAGUACUACCAAGACAAGACUGGCAUGGUGUCCCAAGUCCCGUACUUCAUACUACCUGUGAGGGAGCCGGACCUGUACCCACUACCCACCAAUCUGCCUCCUUUGACCCAGAAGAAUAAAUGGCACCUUUUAAGAGUUUCUCCUGACUACGUGAGGACCUACCAGACCUUCCCAUCAGGGAAGAGAGUCUCCUCACAAGAGCGGCAGAAGAGGGACUGCUACUUUGAAUUUAGAGCAUGAGACUGUGACUGAUGCCUGGGAGAUUUAGCCCUGACCAGGUUGGCUUGCUUACAAUAAAAUCUCUAGCCAC